AUGGAAAUUGCUGACAAAUUAAAUGAAGUUUUCUUCAAUGAAGACAGUGAAACCGAAAGUGAAGGUGAUGAGGAGUCCUGUGCGGACGGGUACUACCGCAACGGCACGGAGAAGGUGGGCCGGAACUGCGCCCGCUGCCCGGAGAAUGCCAUGAAGUGCAUCGGGCCCUCGUUGAUCACCGAAUGCCGAGAUUGGCAGUACCUCACCCCGGAUGGCACUUGCCAACCCAGUUGUCCAGAAGGCACUUACCCCGAGGGCACCGGCUCGGUGGGCCGGCGCUGCGAGAUCUGCGGGGCGGACUGCGUGAAGUGCUCCAAGGGCAACGUGUGCCAGAAGUGCCGCAACGGCAAGUUCCUGACCCCCGACUUCUGGUGCGAGGCCGCGUGCCCUGACGGCACCUUCAAGAAUGGCACAGGAGCUGUGGGGAAGACCUGUGAUCCCUGCCCGGAGAACAUGGCGGCCUGCAUCCGCCCCACCUAUGCCACAGAGUGCAAGAACUCCAAGUACCUCACGCCGCGCGCCACCUGUGAGGACGCGUGCCCCCACGGCUACUUCCCAAAAGGCGACGGCGAGGUUGGGCGCCACUGCCCGCAGUGCCAUGACGACUGCUACUCCUGCUCCACCAGCUCUUUGUGCACGGAGUGCGACAACGGGAAGUUCCUGAGCCCCAACAUGUGGUGCGACGACACAUGCCCUGACGGGUACUUCCGCAACGGCACGGCGACGGUCGGGAACAACUGCCCCAUGUGCCCCAAGCACGCGAGCAAGUGCAUGAACGCCACCCACAUCAUCGAGUGCAAGGAUGCGCGCUACCUGAACCCGGACUUCACUUGCGAGGUGGAUUGCCCUCGGGGCAUGUUCCAGCACGGGAAGAGCACGGUGGGCCGGAUGUGCUCGCUGUGCGCGGAGAACUGCACGCUCUGCGUGAACGGCACCACCUGCACCGAGUGUCGCAACGACCAGUACCUCACUCCGGACUUUUGGUGCGAAGAGGAGUGCCCAUCCGACCACUACUACGAGCCCGCGCCCUCGAACACGGAAAUCGAGUGGAAGGCGCUGCCGGACCAGAGCUGCGGCGGCGCCCGCAUCGACCGCUGGUCCGGCGGCGGGGAUGCCAGGUACGGUGAGCAGUACGUGGACAAUCUGGUCGGGUGCAAGCUACUGUGCAUGGCACGCCCCGAGUGCGCCGGCUUCGAGCUUCGCGAGGACAGCAACCGCUGCUCCUUCUGGCAAGCGGGGCCUCUGGCGCCUGUGGCCUCCAAGGGCAUCCAUUGCUACCAAAAGCUCAGCCUGGCCAGCCCCAAGGCGGGGGUGAGGAGCACUCACGGGGAGGUGGUGGUGCCGGCCGGCGGAGUGGCCUCCAUGAGUUCAAGCCUCGACACUACGAUGCCCAGCUUGUGCAACGACGGGUUGAUCGCCACUCGCUGCAGCACCACCUGGAACGAAGGUUCCGGAGAACUGAAUCCUUGGUGGCAAAUGGACCUCGGGUCGACCGAGACUGUGGUGAGGAUUCGCAUGCUCCACGACCCCUCUGGCUGUGAGGCUUUGCCGGAAGAGGAGACUGGCCUCCACUGCUCGUUGAUCGGCGCCAUCGUGGGCGUCAGCUCGACGCCUUGUCAGUUAGGUAAGCUCUGCGGCGGCACCGUCUGUAGCACCAUCAGCGGCCCCAGCAAGGACUGGGAGGAGAUCUCCUGCGAUCGCGCGGAAGGGCAAUAUGUCUACGUGCAGCUGAAAGGCGAGCGCGUGCUGAACUUCCAUGAGCUAGUGGCCUACAAGGUCUCGGAGAGUGAGACCUGCGUUGAGACCUGGCAGUUGACCAACGUGGAGCAAACAGGCUCUACCUUUACCUCUGCCAACACGGAGGGCGGCAACGCCAUGGCGGCCGCCGGGCCUGUGUCGAGCAUCGCCUUCAAGCCCGGCCAGGACGACCGCCCGGUGUGGGUGGGGCUCACCACGGACCCCACGGACGAGCGAGACUUCCAGGACGGAAAGUUCUUGCACUUCACCGCAAAGGGCUCCAUUGAGAUCGAUGGAUCCGACCGGGAGGGCAUGACCUACACUACGGAGGACUACUUCCGGCUCGAGCUGAAAGGCAAAGAGCUGCUCAUCAUCAAGAACAGUGCCAUCAUCCACAGCUACGACUUAGGGUCCAGCACCUCCCUGCAGGGCUGGUACGCGCUGAUCUGGUUUGCAGAGAUGGGCCCGAACGACCCUGCAACAGUGCUCGAGAAUGUGCAGACCACCUGCUUUCCGCUGCAGGAGGGCGUGGGCGGGAUGUGCGUGAAGUGCCCGGGCCAUGCCUCCAGGUGCGUGAACGGCUCCAUUGCCCUGGAGUGCAAAAACGACAUGUACCUCCGCCGCACCCACGAGUGUGCGCCAGACUGCCCAGAGGGGGACUAUCCCACGGACGGCUCCUAUGGAGUAGGCGGCACCUGCACCCAAUGCCACGAGAACUGCAACCUGUGCGUGAAUGCCACUACGUGCUUGGAGUGCAAGAACCAGUUCUACCUCACCCACGAUUUCAAGUGCGUGCCCGAGUGCGCGGCGGGGUACUACGAGGUGAAGGGUGAGGAGUGGGACCAGGGCAUCGGCAGCCACUGCCAAACCUGCUUCGAGAAUUGCAGCGCCUGCAAUAGCUGGGAGGAGUGUACCGAGUGCCGUUUGUACAACUACCGGACACCCAGUGCAACCUGCACCGACACCUGCCCCGACACCUACUACAAGAAGGGCAACGAGAUGAUCGGCAACGAAUGCUCACCCUGCUCGGAGAAUUGCUUUCAGUGCGUCAGCGACACCACCUGCACAGUGUGCAACAACUCCCACUUCCUCGCCCGCACCGGCGAGUGUGUGGAGCACUGCCAAGACGGAGACUACGAGGUGGGCGACGAGGAGUACGGCCGGAUCUGCAAGAAGUGCCCGGAGGACUUCAACAAGUGCAUCACGGCAACCUUCGCCUCGGAAUGCAAGAACAACUUGCAGCCUGGAUGUGACGCCUUGCGCUUCAUGGGCGUAGCGCUUGCUGGAGAUGUAGUGGGCAAAUAUGCUGGAAACUACGAGCAGUACAUGGACAAAUAUGCGGCUGACUACCAGAAGUACAUGGGCGGGUCCCAGGGUGGUUCCCAGUCUGGCGACUACCAGAAGUACGUGCAAUUGAAUGCUGAUGCUGAGCACACGUCGGACAAGACAGACACGUCGGAGAAGUCUGACAAAGCUUCCCAGCCAGGCAACUAUCAGCAGUACAUGGACAAGUAUGCGGCCGACUAUUCCAAGUACAUGGGUGGUUCCCAGGGUGGUUCCCAGGCUGGCAGCUACCAGAAGUACAUGGACAAAUAUGCGGCUGACUACCAGCAGUACAUGGGCGGGUCCCAGGGUGGUUCCCAGUCUGGCGACUACCAGAAGUACGUGCAGCUGAAUGCUGAUGCUGAGCACAAGUCGGACAAGUCGGACACGUCCGGGAAGUCUGACAAAGUUUCCCAGCCUGGCAACUAUCAGCAGUACAUGAACAAGUAUGCGGCCGACUAUUCCAAGUACAUGGGUGGUUCCCAGGGUGGCUCCCAGGCUGGCGACUACCAGAAGUACGUGCAGUUGAAUGCUGAUGCUGAGCAAAAGUCGGACAAGUCGGACACGUUUGGGAAGUCUGACAAAGCUUCCCAGCCAGGCAACUAUCAGCAGUACAUGAACAAGUAUGCGGCCGACUAUUCCAAGUACAUGGGGGGUUCCCAGGGUGGUUCCCAGGGUGGUUCUCAGGCUGGGGACUACCAGAAGUACAUGGACAAAUUUGCGACUGACUACCAGAAGUACAUGGGUGGGUCCCAGGGUGGUUCCCAGUCUGGCGACUACGAGAAGUACGUGCAGCUGAAUGCUGAUGCUGAGCACAAGUCGGACAAGACGGACAUGUCCGGGAAGUCUGACACAGCUUCCCAGCCAGGCAACUAUCAGCAGUACAUGAACAAGUAUGCGGCCGACUAUUCCAAGUACAUGGGUGGUUCCCAGGGUGGUUCCCAGGCUGGCAGCUACCAGAAGUACAUGGACAAAUAUGCUGACUACCAGAAGUACAUGGGCGGGUCCCAGGGUGGUUCCCAGUCUGGCGACUACCAGAAGUACGUGCAGUUGAAUGCUGAUGUUGAGCACACGUCGGACAAGACAGACACGUCGGAGAAGUCUGACAAAGCUUCCCAGCCAGGCAACUAUCAGCAGUACAUGGACAAGUAUGCGGCCGACUAUUCCAAGUACGUGGGUGGUUCCCAGGGUGGUUCCCAGGCUGGCAGCUACCAGAAGUACAUGGACAAAUAUGCGACUGACUACCAGAAGUACAUGGGCGGGUCCCAGGGUGGUUCCCAGUCUGGCGACUACCAGAAGUACGUGCAGUUGAAUGCUGAUGCUGAGCACAAGUCGGACAAGUCGGACACGUCGGGGAAGUCUGACAAAGCUUCCCAGCCAGGCAACUAUCAGCAGUACAUGAACAAGUAUGCGGCCGACUAUUCUAAGUACAUGGGUGGUUCCCAGGGUGGUUCCCAGGCUGGCAGCUACCAGAAGUACAUGGACAAAUAUGCGACUGACUACCAGAAGUACAUGGGCGGGUCCCAGGGUGGUUCCCAGUCUGGCGGCUACAAGAAGUAUGUGCAGUUGAAUGCUGAUGUUGAGCACAAGUUGGACAAGACGGACACGUCGGAGAAGUCUGACAAAGCUUCCCAGUCAGGCAACUAUCAGCAGUACAUGAACAAGUAUGCGGCCGACUAUUCCAAGUACAUGGGUGGUUCCCAGGGUGGUUCCCAGGCUGGCAGCUACCAGAAGUACAUGGACAAAUAUGCGACUGACUACCAGAAGUACAUGGGCGGGUCCCAGGGUGGUUCCCAGUCUGGCGACUACCAGAAGUACGUGCAGUUGAAUGCUGAUGUUGAGCACAAGUCGGACAAGACGGACACGUCGGAGAAGUCUGACAAAACUUCCCAGCCAGGCAACUAUCAGCAGUACUUGAACAAGUAUGCGGCCGACUAUUCCAAGUAUAUGGGUGGUUCCCAGGGUGGUUCCCAGGCUGGCAGCUACCAGAAGUACAUGGACAAAUAUGCUGACUACCAGAAGUACAUGGGCGGGUCCCAGGGUGGUUCCCAGGCUGGCGACUACCAGAAGUACGUGCAGUUGAAUGCUGAUGCUGAGCACAAGUUGGACAAGUCGGACACGUCCGGGAAGUCUGAUAAAGCUUCCCAGCCAGGCAACUAUCAGCAGUACAUGAACAAGUAUGCGACCGACUAUUCCAAGUACAUGGGUGGUUCCCAGGGUGGUUCCCAGGCAGGUUCUCAGGCUGGGGACUACCAGAAGUACAUGGACAAGUAUUCGGACAUGGCUGGGUCAGUGGCCGUGCUUGCGGCUCCAUCCCACGGAUCCAAUGUCUCUGAGGCUCACACGGUCCAGAGCUCGAAGGACCUGCGACAGGAGCUGCAGAUGGAGCACCAACGCCUGCAGCGCGAGCUCCAGAGGGAGAAGGAGCAGCGGCAGAAGGAGAAGGAGGCCUUGAAGGAGGAGCUGGCGCGCGAGGCAGAGGCUUCGGCAUCCGGGAAAUCCGAGGGGCGUGAAGAAAAGAACGAGACGCAGGCGCAGGUGCUGUUGGCAAAUUCAGAUUCGAGUUUCGGGCGAGUGCUGAGCCUCGUGCUCCUGGCCGGUUUCGGCACCGCCACCGUGAUGCUUUUCCUGCAAAGGAGUCGGCAGAUCGCAUCCAACGAGGAACUGGGACCGGACUACAUGCUCCAUGUGGAUGCCCCGCUGUCAGUGGUGUGA